GUGGGCGAGCCAAAUUAAUGUUCACCGGGCCUGUGUGUGCAACCUUGGGAACCAAAAAGAAGAAGAGGCGAAGAAGCAAUGGGUCGAGAGCACGAAGUUCGAGUGAAUCGAACCACGGUCGCCGACGAAGCCUCCCUUACGGGAGCCGUGAAGGACUUGGAGGCCGGCGAGUCCUGGCCGUCGCGGGGCGGACCGGAUGCAGCGCCAGUAAACCGCCUCAGCAGCCGAGAAAAGGACUCCCUCGCGGCCGUAUGCGACGCCUUCCUCCCCUCCAUCCAUGUCCCCCACGCUCCCCACCAGUCCCUCCGAACCUACUACGCUAACUCCGCGUCCAUGAUCGGAACACCGGAAGUUGUGGGAGGGUACUUAUCCGAGAGGAUCCAACAUCCUCGGCUGUGGCAGCUGAGGCUCGCGCUGUGGCUGCUUUCGACGUGGUUCGGCACGUUCAUCCUCUGCGGCACGAACAGCCUCUCCUGCCGCUUCCCUUUCUUCCGGAGCUUCCCGGAAGUGGAGGCGGCGGGGCGGGAGGAUAUCAUCCGGUCGUGGUCCAUGAGCUGCAUCUUCUUGCUUCGGGUGUUGUACAAGGGCUUCAAGGCUCUCGUCGUCCUCUUCUACUUCACCCAGCUGAACGAGAAGAAUGAGAACCCCGCUUGGGAGGCGAUUGGCUACGUCGGGCCCGAUCCUAGGCGGGCAAUUAAGAGCAGCUCGGAGGAGGAGGAGGGAGCACGAGACGGGCCGCUCUACAAGGCACUGGUACACAUGGCGGGCCCAAUGGAUGUCCUCUGCACGUCCCUGUCCAGAGCUGGCCUCUCCCUCGUCACCUCCCAAAGCCAACCUGACGGCUUGAAGAGCAAACCCCUUCCUACCAUCUACUGCGACGCUGUGGUCGUUGGAUCAGGGUCCGGCGGCGGGGUGGUCGCUGGAGUCCUGGCCAAGGCUGGCUUUAAGGUCGUCGUCCUGGAGAAAGGUGGCUACCACGCCCGGAACAAUCUCACCCUGCUCGAGCGCCACACUCUGGAUCACAUGUACGAGGGCUGCGGCGUCCUCACCACCGAGGACUUGGGAGUGUUCGUCCUCUCUGGCUCCACCGUCGGUGGCGGUUCGGCGGUCAAUUGGUCGGCGUCCAUUCGCACCCCGGACCACGUGAUAUCCGAGUGGCGGCAUGAGCACGGGCUGGAGCUCUUCGACAGCGACGUCUACGCUGAGGCCUUGGACGCCGUAAGCGGUCGCAUGGGCGUCCAGUGCGAAGUCCGCCACGAGAGCCUCGCCAACGCCGUCCUUCGGAGGGGGUGCGCCGAGCUCGGAUACCCGGUGCAAACGGUUGGGCAGAACGCGCCGCCCGACCACGACUGCGGCUGGUGCUGCUUCGGGUGCAGGGACGGGAGCAAGAAAGGGACGUCUGAGACGUGGCUCGUUGACAUGGCUGAGUCAGGAAACGGCGUGAUCAUUCCGGGUAGCAGAGCCCUCAGGGUUCUGCACGCGGACGCGGGAAGGAACAAGAACGUCGCCGCCGGGGUCGUCUUCGAGUUCAGGGAUGGCUGGAGGGGGAAGAAGGAAAGGUGCAUCAUCAGGUCCAAGGUGACCGUCGUCGCAUGCGGGGCGCUCAACACGCCGGUGCUACUGAAGAAGAGUGGCCUUCGGAAUGCAAACAUCGGGAGGCACCUCCACCUCCAUCCGGUGGUGAUGUCGUGGGGCUACUUCCCCGAGUCCGAUUCGAGGUGGCAGCCGAGCAAAGAGAACCAGGAGAAGAUCACCAGUUACGAAGGCGCGAUCCUCACGACGAUGUCGACGGUCGUUUCCAACUUCGCGACGUCCGGGUACGGCGCGGUGAUCCAGACGCCGGCACUGCACCCGGGGUUGUUCUCAGUGGCCACCCCGUGGUUGUCCGGUGCCGACUACAAGGACAGGAUGGCGCGGUUCUCGCGCACCACCCACAUAUUUGCCCUGGCCAGGGACAGAGGGUCCGGCACGGUGGACGCAUCGGGAUGCAUCCGGUAUCGCAUGGGGGCGGCGGACGAGAAGAACCUUCAGAGGGGACUGGAGAAGAUCCUGCGUAUCAUGGCAGCCGCAGGGGCAGAGGAGAUCGGGACGCAGCACUGCCAUGGCGACCGGCUAAACGUCAGGUCGGCGAGCUCGCACCAGUUCGAGAGGUUCGUGAAAGCGACAAGCGGGAAAGGUCUGAUGGAUCUGUUGACGCCGGUCUACUCGGCUCACCAGAUGGGGAGCUGCCGGAUGGGUAUACAUCCGAGGACGUCGGCCGUGAACUCCCGGGGGGAGACGUGGGAGGUGGAGGGGCUGUUCGUGGCGGACGCCAGCGUGCUCCCCACGGCGCUCGGGGUGAACCCCAUGGUCACCGUGCAGGCGAUCGCCUACUGCACCGCGCACUCGGUUCUGGAGGAGCUGAGGAGGAGGACGAAGCGCGAGAAUAAUCACAAGAACUGAUA